CAAAAUGGUGCUAACUGACGGAAAAUGGAGAGGUUUUAUAGCUACGUCACAUAGUUACUUCCUGGAGUGGUUUACGUUUGUUGUUGUCACUGUUUCUGGAAGAGAAAUGGCUGCCGCUCUAGCUGUGGCUGAGACACCGUCCGGGAAAGAUGCAAUUGCAGAAGGACUGCUUGACCUCUUAAAACCAGCUGUCCAGCAGCUUGAUCUUCAUGUACACUCAGUGAGGGAAAGCCAGGUGGAACUACGAGAACACAUAGACAAUCUAGCCACAGAGCUGUGCAGGAUUAAUGAGCACCAGAAGGUGGUGCUAGACCUGGACCCCUAUGUAAAAAAGCUGCUGAAUGCAAGACGCAGGGUGGUGCUGGUCAACAACAUACUACAGAAUGCUCAGGAACGGCUGCGACGGCUCAAUCACAACGUCGCCAAGGAGACGGCGCGUCGAAAGACCAUGCUGGAGACCUCUGGAGCGUUCACUCCUCGGUCGCCUAGUAAACCAUGACCACAGCCCCACUCCUCAGCCUGGAAAACAACACAACUUGUGUGCCUACCUCCUGGACUUAAUAAAGUUUUCACAUUCAACUUUCCACUGGGGUUGGGCGGUAUCCAGAUUUUCAUACCUUCAUACCGUUCCUGUACCAUACCGGGGUAUACGGGAUUACCGUCAGUGUGUACAAGGGGCGCUAUUUAUUUUCAAAUGUAAAAAGUGUAUAUAUGUGUGUUGGGGUCCCAACAAAUUAUAACAAAUUACUAGUGAAUUCCCAUAGCGCAUGCUAGCUAAAUGCUAACAAGCGAACAUAAACUAAUUGCAAGGACAAAUAACCAUCUCAAAAGGCUACUCACAGUUUGCUGUAGUACAAAACAAAUAUUAGAUAGCAGGGAUCUUGAUCCAGUAGGGAUUGAUUGUCUUUGCUGUAACCAAGGAGCUUGAUCUAGCUGCAUAGCUGGAGCCCUGAGAUGGCGAUAAUAUAUUUGGCACAUCAUAGAUGGUUAAUUUAUAUUUAUAACUUAUAUGGUUAACUUAUAUAUAUAUUUAUAAGCAGUGGCAUACCAUAUGUAUUUCAAAAUAUCCCGGCAUGCGGUAUAUUGCCCAAGCCUACGCUUCACCCAGGUGGGAUGUACCACUGCAGCAGUGAGACUAAGGCUAUGCUCAUUUUACCUGCUGAAACGCCGACCUCACCUCUGCUUUGUGCUAUUGUAUCAACGUGUACAUAUCUUGUAUAGUCAUAAAUUACUAAUUUACAAUAAGACGAAAGCAAUUAGAAUCAGGAGCGCUUUGCUUCAAAAACGGACACAACUUGAUACAAUGUUAAGAUUGUGCAAUCUAAAAUUCGAAUUUCAAAUAAAAAUAAUUUGAAAGCGA